GACUCAGCUACUCGACCCACCAUCCACCCUUUCCUGACGACGACGACGUUGACGACAACCACAGCUAGAGACUAAGCUAGUCUCACAAACAUCGUCUUGGGGAGACGAGAGCAGAGCAGCUUCCAUCAUGACCGCGGCUGCCCUGGUUCUCCUGCCACUGAUACGCCUCGGCCUCUUCUUUGGCUGCCGCCUCACUCUGCUGCCAUGGCUCUUCGGAGAGGCAAAGCAUGCCGCCCUCGACAGUCCUUCUGCCGCAGGAGAUAUGCCUCUCACGGCUCUCCCAACGCCGGUGACAACAACGUCACAGAGCUCUGCAAAGAGCAGAUAUGCCACAACCUCAGCAGCUCCGGCCUUACUCUCACUCUCCCCUUCAGCGUUUGCAGCCCUUCUGCUCUCACUCAGCUUCGAGGAGGGCGCCAUCCUAUUCAUCCUCGUCUUGCUCCAAGCAAUGAGCUUUGAAGUAUCGGCUCUAGUCACGAAUUGGAGAUGGAGCCUCUUUGGCGUCGUAGCUCUGGCAGUAUGCUUCAUCCCCCUAGGCCUCAGUAUACUCCUCACCUACACAUUGCUACCACAUAGUGGGGCCUCGGCGCUUCCGCGGAGACUAGCAAUCUCUCUGCUCCCCUUUUGCCUGUGGCUCCUGCUAUUCCUCAAGGUACCUCUGCCUGUUGCCUCGGUAUCAUCCUCGUCAUCGUUCCUAGACUCAACGCUUGCACGCACAGCAGUCGUCGGCGUGACCCUGAUAGCACUAUUGUCAGGGUCGGGCGCAAUGGGCGCUGCCAUGGACUCGUACGAGGCUCUCACCAUCUCCGGGGGAGGGUACAGGCGGAGAGAGCCCAGUGCACAAGACGUCAGAAGUGCAGAAGGGUCUUUCAACAAGGCGUGUGAAGAUCUCGCAAAGACCAAGAGAGAUAUUGAUAGGUUACAAGCAGCGCCAGAUGCACAGCCAGAGGGAGGCUUUCUAGCAGGGCUUGGGAGGACUUUUAGGGGAAGCCCGAAAGAUCGAGAACUCAAGGCUCUCAACCUCGAGCUGUCAUCACUGUCCAUGCUGGCCUCAUCGAUGCGAGACGAGCUAGAUCGGCUGAAAGCCAGACGUCGGGAGGCCGAUUAUCGCACAACGAUCUCGGGACGGAUAUGGCUUCUCAUCGGUCACGGCUUCGCUGCCUAUUGUGUCAUGCGUCUGGUCAUGACUAUCUUCUCCCUCCUCAUUCUCAGCUACUCCUCGUCUUCCUCGUCUUCAUCGUCACCCGACAUUGUGUCCAGGCUACUAGCAGAGCUCCUCCGCCUCUUCCGCGUCGACAUCGACGUUGCCGCCUGGUCGAAGCAGAUCAGUCUUCUCCUCGUGGGGGUCCUCAUCGUCGCCAGACUGAGAGCUGUAUUGAACUAUCUAGCACAGUUCUUCCGAGCAGCCGCAGCAGGCAUUUCCACCUCCUUCCUCAUCAUGUUCUUGUCAGAAAUCAUGUCCAUCUAUCUUCUCGCCACUCUCAUCCAACUCAGGACUUCACUUCCGCCCAAUUUUGGAACUGGAGUAGGAGAUGGGGCUGUAGGGGCAGGGGCAGGGACGGGUGCGGGUGCGGGUGCGGUUGAUGUUGGUAAGGGCGAAUCGUCAUUAGGAGUGGGCAGCGGGUCGGGCGAAGCUUCUCAAUUGCUCCUCAGCAGUCUGCCAGACUUCAAUCCAGCAUUUGGCGCCCUAUUUGGUGAGUACUCCCAGCCUCUUCAUGCCGCGCCACGCCACGCCACGCCACGCCGCGCCGCGCCGUGUGGGCUCGAUCUAUCCACCUCUCAAGGCUAUUGCAUCUGACUACACUUUGUCCUUUGACCCCUCCACAGAUACCACUUUUCUUUUGUCUGCUCUGAUCACACUGUUUGGAAGAUGGUUUAUGGGCACGCAAGAGAGCGUACUCUUUGGCGCUGGCGCCCUGGGAGGAGGAGGAGGAGGAG